AUGGUGUUGCAGACGAGCAAUCCUGGAUUACAGCCACCCCGUGUUAUGGAACAUGAGAAUCAAAAAAUGAAUUCGUUCACUGGUUUGAUGAAGAAUUCAAAUGAGUCGUCAUCAAACGGAGAUUUAUUAAAUGAAUCGAGGAUUCUCGAUGAUGAAGCUGAAAUCGAAGCAGCUGCAGCUGAAUCAGAAACUGGAAUUCCAAUUUCCAUUCCAGAACCUGACUCAUUGAAGCCUCUACAUGUUCAGGUCAACGGAUUUUCCAAUCCUGGCUCUGGGGCGUCUACAUCCAUUGGAUCAAGACCUCCAUCGUCUGAUUUAAAUUUUUCUGCUGAUAUGUCUCCGAUGCAGCAGCAAAGGCUUCGAAAUCCACUUCCGUCUCCACUUGUGCGAGAGACGAAUUUUCGUCCUCCAAAACCCGUAAGUAUUGUGAUGGGUCCACCAAGCUCGUCGAGCCAAGUAUUAUUGAGUCCAGCAGGAAAUUUAAACAACGGAUUUCAACGAAACUCUGGAGAAUCUUCGCCAAGGUCACCAUCUUUCUUUCCAAAUCGCUCACGAAGGGAAGCUGUGAUACCUCAUCCACUGGCAACUUCGUCUUCUUCUUCGGGACCGUCCAUAUCAGCUAGGCCUCCACUGCCACAGCCGCCUCAUCGAAUGAUGCCUUUAACGUCAGGUGGAAAUUCAGGUGUUCCACAUACAAGCACAACACUUGGCGCUUCUAGAAAGGAGAUCGAUAUGUCGAAAAGGCGAAUGAUGACAGAGAAGAUUCACAAACUUCGCCAAGGGAACGUUCUCCAUGGUUUCUUAACCGCGACGGAUACUUUGACGGAUACGCAACUCGCUCUGCAAAUGCGCCGAAAUAAAAAUGAUGUUGUGAAUGUGCUGCCCAGGCCCGUGUUUAACGAGGCUUUCGACGAGAAAACCGAGGAGCCCGACACAGCGGCGAUUCUGGGCAAGAAAGUUAGAGAAUUGCGGGUUCGAUACACUCGCGAUAAUGAUCCAAGUGAACUAACAGACUUGAGUGAUGAAGAUGGUGAACCAACUUUGAGCUCGAAAGCAAGGCGGAAUGCAUUAGUACCAGUGAAAAUGUCGCUAUCUGGUGUGCGAUGGGCUGAACAGAAAUUGCGUUUCGGUGUGCAGCUGGCGAAGAGUGACGCUCUUUUGGAUGAAACUAUUGAAGCACAUUGUAAACUCAAUGAACAGCUACGACUGGUGAAUGCCUCAAGUGGCUGCCGAUUCGCCGAUGAGCCUUCACCUCGAAAACGACGACGCAUUGACGGUUCGUUUGUGCUUUUCCAAAACUGCGAUUUUGAACGCAAACCCGACGGAAAUGGUGAAUUCGGUUGUGCUCGUGCUCGUCCGUUGUUUUCAUGGACGCGAAGAAAGCUUUUGCGAAAUGUGUUUGACGAGGAAAAGGAUAAUCUUAUCUUUGAUCCGAAUCGUCCUGGAUGCUCGACGAAUUCCGAAGAGAAACUACCGAAAUAUGACGAUCGGAAUAUUCCGAUUGGUGCGAACAAGGUUGUAACAACUCUGACGGAAACCAAAGAAAAACGUGAAAUUACUGAAUACGAUUAUAUUUCGUAUGAGGAGGGACGCGGUGCGGUUGAAGUCAAAAAGUCAUUCGAUGAUAACGUUGUUGAGUACAUUGCACCAAAAGAAUUUCGACCAUUCGAAGCUCGCAUGCGUUCACUUCAUUUCCGGAUGGCGUCGGUGCCAUCGAUGUCGAUUCGGAAGCACGCCGAGACGUCGAUUUUGAUGAACUCGUGCCAGGAGGAGCGCGCUCGAAAUGGUGUCGAACGUCAAAUAUCGGUAAAAGAGCGUCGAGAUGGCAAAGAGCGACGAAAAGAACGCAAGAUGGAAUUGGAUACGAGCGAUGACGAUGAGUGGAUUCAAAAGAAUGGUUCGAGGCGAUCGAGUAAGUCGAAGAAGAAAGGACGGCCGGCGAAGUCGGCUAAGAAAACGAACAAGCCGACGACGAGAAGUACAACGGGAUCAUUGAAACACAAAGCGGAUAUUGACGACUACUAUUUGGAGGAGCCAUAUAAUGCUCCUCUUCCACCAAAAAUGAAAUAUGCGCGUAUUCUUGUUCCUACUUGGGAAACUGUUCCGUCGGACUAUUGGACUAAUCUAAAGCCGUCCUCAAGGGCAAAUUCACCGGUGGAUGGCGAGGACGAUUUGCGCGCAACGGUUGGCGUCGAUCACUACAAACUUGCGUUUUUGGAAAAGGAGCGUGUGAAGAGAGAUACGGCGAGGAAGAAUCGCGCCAAUAAAUCGGCUCCGCUAAAGGCUGGCGCGUCGACACCUGCGCAAUCGUCAUCCACCUAUCAGAGAGACGAUUUGAACUGGAACUUUGAGGAGAUCCUUAAAGAUUUGCCGCCGUAUGAUGAAAAGAAAGUGUACGAGAAUCGAGCGGAAGCUUCAAUUCGACGCUUUGCUUCAAUUGAGCGGCCAUACUUGAAGCGAACGUUCCCACUGGAUAGCAAUAACAGCUAA